UAAAUUGUGAUUUUUUGACGGACGCUUAAUUCAUUACUCUGUUUAUUUUAUUUUGUGUCUAAUCAGCUUAAUGUAUUAUGUAUCCAAAAGUGUAUGAUCAUCAUUAAGUAUUUAGGUAUGUGAGUUGGAGUCAUUAGUUUAUUAUAAUAUUUUCUCACGAUGUAGUCUAUAAAAGGCUACCUCUGCAGAUAUAGGUAGUUGUUCCAAUUUCAAUUUCAAAGUGUAAGUUGAGACCCUUGGUGAAUUAAUAAAAAUGUGUGCUAGUUCGUCGUUAACGCAGUUUUGCACAAUAUGCUUGGAGACUGAGAGCAAGCUAUAUGUGAUCGGCGAACACAAGCUGGGACAAGCAUAUGGACACUUGACAGGAUAUGCUCUGUGCGAGGAAGAGUGUUCAAACACAUGUCUAUGCCCUGAAUGUAUCCACCGAUUGCUGGUCUAUGAAAGAUUUAGACUGAAGAGUCUACGGGCCCGCACUGUUAUACAAGAUUUACUUAGAGACUACAAAGUGGUAACCUUACAACAUAUAAAAUCGAUUGGCAGACACACAUUCAAACUAAAGUCUGACAUUGUGAAAAAGGUAUUAGAGCCCAAUCAUUGUGACCUUUAUAUAGAUAAAUCCAAUGAGGAGACAAAACUAGAUACAGACUCUUUAAAAGAAGAUACAUUAAUUCACGAAGAUGUAGAGUCAGCAAUUAUAGAUGUCGCUUCUAUAACUGAAUCAAAUCAUAAACAAGAUAGAUUAACUGUCAAACCUGAAAUCAUAGACCUCUGUGAUGAAGAUGGAUAUUUAUCUGACAGUACAUUAAUUUUGGAAACGGCGCCUAAUUUUGAAAGCGAAAUGAAUUUUCAAGAACAAUUGUGGAAUGAAACGGAGAAACAUUCUGUGGGUUUUACUAAAACAAUGGGUAUUAAAUCUGAGAAAAAUCUGGAAUUGUUAAGUGAAGAAGCAAAUAUUGAUGAUAGUUUAACAAAUAAUGAAAAACCAAUUAAUAAACAGAGAAAUCUACAACAGAAACUGAAAUUCGAGACAAUGGAAAAUUUCACAGAAUGUAAUGAUUACAUGAAUUCAGAAAUAAUGUACGGAUUUAAUAAUAAUCAUAAUAUUGAAAUAAAAAAUGAAAAACCACACAAUUUUGAAAGCAAAAUGCAAAGUAAACUUCAAUUUGAGACACAAGAGAAUUUCACUGACUUUGGAGAAACAGACGAAAAAAAAUUAUUUGUGAAACGAGAAAUUGAAAGUGAUUAUAAACCUCACUCUUGUGAAUUAUGUGACUUUAAAUGUAAAUUGAAAAUAAGUUUGACAGUGCAUGCAAGAACGCACGGCGAAAACAGUUUUACAUGUCAAAUUUGCAAUUACAAAUGUAAAUUGAGACACACUCUCAAUAUACAUAUGAAAAAACACAAAGAUGCUGUAAAAACUGAAACACACUAUAUUUGUGAUACAUGCGAAACUAAAUUUGAUUUUAAAAGCAAACUUGUCACACAUAUGAGAACCCACACUGAAAAAAGGUAUUUUAAAUGUAAAAUAUGUGACUAUAAAUGUAAAUUGAGACACACUUUGAAUUUACACAUGAAAUUACAUAAAUUACCUUUUGUUUGUAAUAUUUGCGACGCCAAAUUUACAUUGAAAGGCAAUCUUUCGAGACACUUAAAAACACACUUGUCUGCACUUUUUGCGUGUCACAUUUGCAAUUAUAAGACAUCGCGCAAGGAUAGUUUAGAGAAUCACGUAAAAGGUCACGUUAAAGAGUGCCAUUUAUGCAAAUUACAGUUUAAACAGAGCCAUCACUUAUACAACCAUAUGUUAACUCAUUCUGGUUACAAACCUUAUGAAUGUAAGCUAUGCGAGCAAAAAUUUACACAGAAAGUCAGUCUGUACAGGCACAUGGCUAUUCACAGACGUGUUAGACCGUUCGCGUGUAAUCUGUGCCCGUACAGGUGUCUGUCCAAUCACGAUUUAGUGAAACACAUGAGAACCCACACUGGGGAAAAACCAUACGCGUGUAAAUACUGCGAUUUUAGGAGCAGUAGGAAGUACAAUUUGCUCACCCACAUGAGAAGUCACACUGGGGAAAAGCCGUAUGUAUGUAACGUUUGUCACUAUUGCUGCACUAAAAUUAGCGAUUUGCGAAGACAUAUGAGAUCUCACACUGGAGAGACGUUUGCGUGCGCAGUGUGCGACUACAAAUGCACGCGCCGUUCUAACUUGCAAGCGCAUAUGCGUGCGCACAGCGGUCAGAUGUACAUAUGCGAUCAUUGUGGAUACAAGACGGUGCAUAGAAGUUGUGUUAAAAUUCACAUCAUGCGGCAUAUGACACUCAUGGAAGGUAAUAAAGAGUUAGUAUGAGAAGCUACCAGGCCCUCCUGCGGUUUCAGCCGCGCACUAUGUUAUUCGCUGAUAAUGUAACUUUAUACUAAUGAAAGAUUUUUUUUUAAUCGGGCCAUUUAUUGUUACCUACGAAAUAUUUGUUUCAAACAACCAAAAAAAUAAAUCAAAUAUGUAUAUAUUUUUAACCCGCGCACUAUGUUAUAUAUACCUACAAAAUAUUUGUUUCAAACAACCAAAAAAAUAAAUCAAAUAUGUAUAUAUUUUUAAUCCGCGCACUAUGUUAUUCGCUGAUAAUGUAACUUUGUAUUGAUGAAAGGUUUUUUUAAUCGGGCCAUUUAUUGUUACCUACCAAAUGUUUGUUUCAAACAACCAAAAAAUUAAUCAAAUAUGUAUAUAUUUUUAAUCCGCGCACUAUGUUAUUCGCUGAUAAUGUAACUUUAUAUUGAUGAAACAUUUUUUUUUAAUCGGAAUGUUUAUUGUUACUUACCAAAUAUUUGUUUCAAAUAACCAAAAAAUAAAUCUAAUAUAGUAUAUGUAUUUUUAAACAAGAGAGAUUUUUCAAAAUUGGUAAAAUAAUGACUUAUCUAUACUAAUAUUAUAAAGCUGAAGAGUUUGUUUGUUUGUUUGUUUGAUUGAACGCGCUAAUCUCAGGAAUUACUGGUCCGAUUUGAAAAUUUUCAGUGUUAGAUAGCCCAUUUAUCGAGAAAGGCUAUAGGCUAUAUAUUAUCCCCGUACACCUACAGGAACGAGAACCAUGCGGGUGAAACCGCGCAGUGUCAGCUAGUUGGUUAUAAGAGAGUAAGAAACAUAAAAAAUAAAAUGAAAUCAUACGCUACUAGACUACUAGUCCUCCUAUUUUGGAGUUAGUUAAAAAUAUAAGGCAAUGACAAUUAUUAUCGAUAGUUCACUUAAUUAACAUAUCAAUGGGAUGAUGACAGUUUUUUAAAUUGUAUAUAGAUUAAGAGUAUGCUAAUAGUAAAGCAAUUUUGUAAAAGUAACAGGGUAUCUGCGAUCAUUACUUUCGGAGCUACAGGGAGUUAAAGGGUCAGAUUUGCGGCGCUGCCGCGGAUCCCUGAAAAACGCACCAUACAAAAUAGUAGGAAUUAUUGACGUCGUAGGUACAUAAUGAUCGUUAGAUUUGUAUGUGCGUUUAAACAAAAUCACUAAUAUCUAUGUUAUUUGUGCGUUUAUGUUUAUAGUUCAUUUAUUAAAAAAUGUCACAUUUAAUGUAAGGAAACUAAAACUGUAUGAAUUUUCAUCUAAUUACGAUAAAAGAUUUUUAAUAGAUUUUGAAAUUUUAUAAUCUCAUUUAUUUUUCAAAUAUCCAGACAAUCUUUGCUUUUUAUGUAUAAAUCAGUUAACAUUGACCUUAUUUACCCGAAUGUAUCAUAAAAAUCAAUAUAUUCAAACCUAGUCAUCAUCCCCAUUAUAUAUGUCAUUCUUUUGUUCGUUCAGACGGACAGACACGUGACAGGGUAGAUAUAUUUUAUCUUAUGAGUUUAAAAUUAUUACUUCACUAGCGGACGCCCGCGACUUCGUCCUACCUACUCCUACCCUACCCUACCCCUACCCCUACCCUACCACGCGACGGCGAUGGAAGCUUAAAAAACUUGGAGUAACUUCUCCCGUUUUUCCAUACAUUUCCCUUCACUGCUCUGAUCCUAUUAAUUGUAGCGUGAUGAAAAGUAUACAUAACCUGCCCAGGAGUAUGAAGAAUAAUUGUACCAAGUUUCGUUAAAAUCCGUCGAGUAGUUUUUGUUUCCAUAACGAACAUACAGACAGACAGACAAAAAUUUUACUGAUUGCAUUUUUGGCAUCAGUAUCGAUCACUAAUCACCCUCUGAUAGUUAUUUUGGAAAUAUAUUUUAUGUACAGAAUUGACCACUCUACAGAUUUAUUAUAAGUAUAGAUUAUGAUAUAUUUUUUUUAAAUACUCUUUUAAAUUAUAUAUAUUAAAAAUAAAUAUAAAAAUUAUAUAUUAUGUAAAUAAGAUUUUUUAUCGAUAUAUUGUUAUGAUAAG